UAUCGCUAUUACUUUACUAUACUAUUGUCGAUUUUAAUUCAAUGAUUCAACUCAAAUUAAUGAGUCUUUCAGUAAGCUUUCAACUCGCAACGUUGUCAGUCAGAAACAGAAUAAUAUUUUGGGAUUUAAUUUGGUUUGUCAAAGCCGGUAUACUUUGCGACGUAGCUGGUCAACCUUCCAUUGCCGCUAUAUACGGUAUAGCAUUUACCUAGCCCAAUUCUCUGUUUUCAUUUUUUUUUUACAACUUUUUAGCACAAUGUGUUAAAAUUAUCGUCGAGUGUUAUUUUUUGUAUUUCAAAUGCACCCGAGAAAAUUCUUUAAAAAAUAGUGAAAAGUCAAAACAAGAGUGUUGAACGAAAUUAAUUACGGAAAUUAUAAAUAGAAAAGUGAUCUGAGAACAAUUUUUCAAUUUUAUAAACAGGACUGAAAAUCAGAUAAAAAGACCGAAGAUGAGUUCGCUGGAAGAAAAACUAUCUACUUCAACUGAAAAGUUGAAUGAGCCACUUGAUACAGAAUCAAACGGAAAAGACAACGACAACAAUAUGGCAGCCGCUAGUAAAGAGGUCAAUCCCGAGAAGGAAGCUAUAAAAAUGGCUGCCACCACUGCUGAAGAAGGAAUCUUUUCACUUAUCUAUACAGUGGCCAAAAAGCUGGCUGUAGUUGGUGCUAUCUAUUUGGUUGGCUACAUGGGCUGGUCAGUGGCAUGGCUCAUUGCACCUGUUAUUCUAUCAGGUGUACGAGAUCAGAUGAGUAAAGCAAAUGAAAAGAAGAGGAGUAUUGCUAAGGCAUCUGCAAUGGCUUCAGAGAAAGACGUAAUUUUAGCAAGAAUCGAUGAAUUGCCAGCUUGGGUUUAUUUCCCCGAUGUUGAACGUUGUGAAUGGGUGAAUAAGAUCCUCAAGCAAAUAUGGCCAAAUGCAAAUCAUUUCGCUCGAACUCUUGUCAAAGAAACAAUCGAGCCAAAUGUUGCUUUAGCCCUAUCCAACUACAAGCUAAAUGGAUUCCGCUUUGACCGAAUUAUCCUCGGUACGAUUCCACCCCGUAUCGGAGGUGUAAAAAUCUACGACAAAAAUGUUGAUCGUAAUGAAAUCAUCAUGGAUAUGGAUAUUUUCUACGCCAGUGAUUGUGAUAUAAAUUUUUAUUUGGGAGGUGUUAAAGGUGGCAUCAAAGAUUUUCAAAUUCACGGAUGGAUUCGCGUAGUAAUGAAGCCUUUAAUUCGUUCAAUGCCAUUGGUUGGUGGACUGCAGAUUUUCUUCCUCAAUAAUCCCAAUGUUGAUUUUAAUUUGGUUGGAGCUAUCGAUUUUCUGGAUAUGCCUGGAUUGAGUGAUUUACUACGAAGGAUAAUUGUUGAACAAAUUGGAGCAAUAAUGGUCUUGCCUAACAAGUUGCCAAUUACUUUAAGUAAUGAUGUACCGGCUGUUAGUCUCAAAAUGCCCGAACCCGAGGGAAUUUUAAGAAUUCAUGUUGUUGAAGCCAAAGAUUUGAUGAAGAAGGACAUUAGCGUUUUGGGUAAAGGUAAAUCAGAUCCUUAUGCCGUUAUCAAUGUUGGCGCCCAAGAAUUCAAAACACAAACAAUUGAUAAUACUGUGAAUCCUAAAUGGGACUUUUGGUGUGAGGCCGUUGUGGAAGUUACUCAACAUAGUAUCCUUGUAUUAAAACUCUUCGAUUGGGAUCGCACCGGGGAUGACGAAUCACUCGGCAGAGCAUCUGUGGAUAUAUCUCAAGUUGUGAAAAAAGGACUUCUUGACACAUGGUUAACUCUUGAAGAAGCAAAGCAUGGUCUUCUACAUGUACGCUUAUCGUGGUACAAACUUACAUCGGACCCACAAGAUCUCCAAGCUGCGCUUUUGGAAACACAACUUCUUCGUGUGACAUCAAUGAGUACAGCCUUGCUCAUUGUCUUUGUAGAUUCAGCAAAGAAUUUACCACAUGCCAGAACAGCAUCAAACCCCGAUCCGUACCUUGUUGUUAGUGUUGGUAAACAAACUGAACAAACUCCAGUCCAAUUGCGCAAUGAUUCUCCAGUUUGGGAACAAGGUUUCACCUUUUUGGUCGGUAAUCCUGAUAACGAUACCCUCCAGAUGAAAAUCUUUGAUCAAAAAACAGGAAAUGAAAUUGGACGCUUCUCCUAUAUUCUUAGUACUUUAGUAACAAUGAAGGAUAUGCAAAUUGUUUCACAGCCAUUCCAGCUACAAAAAUCUGGACCUGAAUCGAAGAUUGUUAUGACUUUGGCUCUUAAAGUACUAAAACGUGCUGAUUCUACAGAAGAUAACGUUUCAAUUGAUGCAUUUUCAAUGUCCGAAGCUAAUCCAGCCUUGUCUCGUACAAGUUCCGUGAGAACAGCUAGUCAUGUUGAGGGAGCUACCAUUUCCAGCAAGACAAAGGAUCUUGUUUCUUCAUCGAUGGAAAACUCAAUUGUGGAAGAAGACAAUCUUAUUAAAUCAGCAACAUCAUCAAUUUCAGCCAUAACUCCUCCAAGAAGUCCUCGUAUGAAUUCAGAUGCUGUUCUUACCCAUCGUUUCCCUGACACCACAACCUCAGCUGGAGAACACAAUCUUGGACGCAUUCAACUCUCGAUUCAUUACAGUAUAACUCGUCAGAAAUUGUCGGUCACAAUUCAUAAGAUAAUGCAUAUUCCACUCACUGAUCCUUCGAAUAUCCCUGAUCCAUAUGUAAAAUUGUAUUUACUGCCAGGACGUGCAAAGGAGUCCAAGAGAAAAACUAACACCAUCAAGGAUAAUUGCAACCCUGUGUAUGAAGCGACCUUUGAAUAUGUAAUCUCAUCUGCUGAAAUUAUGCAGACAGACCUUGAAGUGACCGUUUGUACACAAAAGGGUUUCUUGUAUGGUGGAAGUCCAGUUAUUGGCAUGUUGAAAAUAUCGUUGGCUGAGCCGGAUAUAUCUGCACAAGGACUUUCAUCUUGGUUUGACUUGCAGCCAGAAGCAAAAUAUGAUUAAAUCAAAAAUGUUUAUACUUAUUAAUUUUUUUGUGAAAUAUUUAAAACCUAUAAAGGUUCAUCUGAAGUCUAUAAUUUGUGACUAAGAUACUUUUGUAACACGAACAAAAUCUCGUAUUCUUAAAUAUCUUCUUUCAGAACAUAUUUUUUUUUUAUAAAUCUCAUGAUAGAAACUAUAUUAGAAACCAAAUCCUAACAAGAAGUUUUAAAGCACAAAAAAAGUGGAUUAUAAGAAACUCGAAGUUAUAGAAUACGAAAAUUUGUCACGCGAUACUUCGCAUCCAACCAUUUUUUUUUAUAUCUCAUCUAUUUAUCUAUGUAUAUUUUUGAUAUAAACAUAAAUUUAUAAGUAAUCUCAGGACUUAAAUGUUAAAUGUUUAAAAAUUUGUCCACAAAUUAUUUUGUCUAAUCUUUAACUCUGUGAAUCUUUUAACUAACUAUACUCAAAUAUUAAAGUCAUAAUUUUUAUAUUUUUCUUGAAUUUUUUUUAAAUUUGUAAUAUACUUUUGCAUUUUCUUUAUAUUUAGUGCCUUUCUAUUACAAAAACAUAAUUACAAAUAUUACAUAUAUGUAAUUAAAAAAUAAUAUGAGCUUAUAGAAUUGAAAAAUGAAAUAUGUAUGUAUGUAAAUGUUUUUCCAAGCUUUUUUUGUAAAGCAGUUUGUAAAUUAAUAAAAACAAUAGCUGCUUUGGCUAAAUAGCCGA